AUGACUCUCUCUGUGGCUACCGCCCGUACUGAGCUCUCGCAGCGCAUUCCUUCCACUUCCGUAGGUGUCGUUACUAUUUGUGGUGGAGGAAAUGGUGCACACGUAGCAGCUGCCUACUUGGCGUCCAAGGGCGUAUGUGUACAGAUAUUGACGCGCCAGCCGGAACGUUGGGCUCAGACGCUCGAACUGAGUACAGUCAAUAGUAGUUGGGAAUUCAAAGGCGUCUUGACGGGUCAAUUGAAUCUCGUGUCUAAACACGCCAAGCACGUCAUUCCACAAUCCGAUGUGGUGAUUGUAGCAGCACCUGCUAAUGCUCAUCCGAAUAUCCUCAAACAUGUGGCUCCAUAUCUGAAAAAGGGAGUCAAAUUAGGCGCAUUAUUUGCUCAGGGAGGCUUCGAUUGGGCUGUGAAAAAAGCACUUGGAGAAGAAAUACUUGCAACUGUAGACUUGCUCUUUGGUCUGCAAAACAUUCCAUGGAUCUGUAAAUUAACAGAAUAUGGCCACAAGUGUCGUAUCAUUGGCCCUAAGCAGUGUCUGUAUGUGGCCUGUUAUCCCGUUGAACGGAAGGAUGAGGCAGCAAUGCUAAUGCAGACGCUAUUUGACAUUCCUUGCAAGACAGUUGCCAAUUUUCUAAAUUUGACGCUCACGCCGUCCAACCAGAUCAUUCACCCGGCGCGAUAUUACGCGAUCUUCCGUGAUUGGGACGGCAAGAAGACGUACACGCUCGAGGAGCUAAAAAAGCGCGACGGUCUCACACUGUACGCGGACUUCGAUGAGUUCUCUGCGGAGCAGCUGACGAUGCUGGACAACGAGCUGCAGCAAGUCAAGUACGCUCUGCUACAGCGUUUCCCGGCGCUUGACCUUUCAGAUGUGCUGCCCAUGGGAGACCGUGUGGUUAAGCACUACGGCAAGGAUGUGUCCGAUCGGUCUUCACUGCUGCAGAUCUUUCGCACAAACAUGGGCUACGCUGGCUGUGCGACGCCGUUGACGGAGGUAUCGAAGGGUCAGUACCAUCCUGCUGUUAACUCGCGUCUGUUUUGGGAGGAUAUUCCGUACGGUCUGUGCAUUCUGAAGAACAUGGCGGAAAUGCUUGGCAACUUCCCCACACCUCGUAUCGACUUUAUGAUCCGCUGGCACCAACAGCACAUGGGUGUAAAAUUUUUGAACCCUGAUGGUCAACUGAACGCUCGCGAGCUGUGGCGUACUGGAGCGCCUAACAAGUACGGUAUUCAUAGCCUCGAAGAUCUGGUCGCGACAUCGUUGCCCAAGGAAAUGCGCAAUUACCGUUCCCCGCAAUCGCGCAUAUAG